CGAUAAUAAGCUUCAGAGCCAUUAACAAAAAGCAGCAGCAGAAGGUUUCCAGGAAGUGUACGGUUGACAGCGGAAGGAGCGUCGGAGAGGGCGGUUCUGGCUGCAGAUAGCGCGCCAAAGUGAAUGCAUUGCUUUGGAGAGACCCGGCGCAGAGAAACCUAUACAGACCGGGGGAUGUGAAGCGCGCUACCGGUAAACAGAGACCUGCAACACCGAGGGAGACACGGCGGAAAGGAGAUCUCUGAAGAUGGCAGUGCCGUUUGUGCAGGGCUGGGACCUGGUGCAGACUCUGGGAGAGGGAGCGUACGGAGAGGUGCGUCUCCUGGUGAACAGGCAGACGGAGGAGGCUGUGGCAGUAAAGGUGGUGGACACGGCGCGGGCGGCAGACUGUCCUGAGAACAUCAAGAAGGAGGUGUGCGUGAACAAGAUGCUGUCCCACAAGAGCAUCGUGCGCUUCUACGGGCACCGCAGGGAGGGCAGCGUGCACUACCUCUUCCUGGAGUACUGUAGCGGCGGAGAGCUCUUCGACAGGAUCGAGCCUGACGUGGGGAUGCCAGAGAUGGAAGCACAGAAGUUUUUCCAGCAGCUCAUAGCUGGAGUGGAGUACCUGCACAGCAUUGGGAUCACGCACAGGGACAUCAAACCAGAGAACCUGCUCCUGGAUGAGGGAGAUAACCUGAAGAUCUCUGACUUUGGGCUGGCCACAGUGUUCCGGCACAGAGAUAAGGAGCGACUGCUGAUGAAGAUGUGUGGCACUCUGCCCUACGUGGCGCCCGAGCUGCUGGCUGGCAGCGGAUUCCGAGCCGAGCCCGUCGACAUCUGGUCCUGCGGCAUCGUGCUGACUGCCAUGCUGGCUGGAGAGCUGCCGUGGGACCAGCCCAGCGAGAGCUGUCAGGAGUACGCAGACUGGCUGCAGAAGAAGACCUUCCUGACUCCCUGGAAGAAGAUCGAUGCAGCUCCACUCAGCCUGCUCACCAGAGUCCUGCAGCACAAACCAGAGAAGAGGCUCACCAUCCCAGACAUCAGGAAGGACCGCUGGUACACCAAGGUGCUUAAAGGGGUGAAGCGUGCAAGAGUGACCUCUGGAGAGUCUCCGAGCUCGCUCAGCAAGCAGAUCCGCUCGGACAUGGACCUGUCUCCACUGAGCAACCUGCGCAGUGAUGACAGAGUGAAGUUCUCCAGCUCUCAGCCGGAGCCCUUGCCUGUCCUGUCCUCCUGGGACCCCAGCCCCUCCUGCUUCAACGCCAUGGUCCAGCAGAUCAGCUUCUCCCAGCCGGCCUGCCCCGAACACAUGCUGCUGAGCAGCCAGCUCAUCGGCACCCCAGGCUCCAGCCAGAGCCCCUGGCAGCGGCUGGUCCGGAGGAUGACCCGCUUCUUCACCAAGCUGGACGCCGACCGCUCUUACGCCAGCCUCAAGGAAGUGUGCGAGAAGAUGGGGUACACCUGGAAGAAGAGCUGCACCAAUCAGGUGACGGUCUCCACCACUGACCGGCGUAACAACAAGCUGAUCUUCAAGGUGCACCUUCUGGAGAUGGAGGAGCGGAUCCUGGUGGAUUUCAGGCUGUCCAAGGGUGACGGGCUGGAGUUCAAGCGUCACUUCCUGAGGAUCAAGUGCCAGCUGAACGACAUCAUCAGCAAUCAGAAAGUGUUGCUUCCUGUCACAUGAUGCAGUGGGCUGUCCCUGGGGGAAAGGCGCGUUGCCACGGACGCAUGCAACGUACCAGCUGACGCGGCUCCCUGAUCCUCCUCUGAACCAGUUCAACCCCACCCACCCCCACUCCAGAACGCAGGGAGACUCCAGAUUACAGACCAGCCUGUCUACCGCACUACGAAGCAAAACCUGCUUUUCAAAAGGGGUUUUUCAUCAGGGAGAGACUGGCUGGCAUGUACUUUUCACACGUGUGUGUGUGUGUGUGUGUGUGUGGUUCUUUUAUUUAGAAAGCACAGAUUCUUUGUAAAAAAAAUAAAAAAAUUAAGUGUUUUAAAAUCACGGGUCUCCGAUUAGAAAAGCAGGAGUUUUGAAAAGUUCAAGGCAGUUAUUUCUGUGUGACAGACAUACCUGGGAAAUGUAAUCUGGAACUGGAAAGGGUUUGAAGGGCUGCUCAGAACAGCAGAUUCUACACUCUGGGCUCGUGUGUGUUUCACAGAAGAGCCUCAGUGAUGUGGCAGUGUGAUAGAGGUGUAGGACAUCCUGUUUCAUGCUUGUGUUUUACAGUUUGAAGUGUCUAAUAGUUUUCUUUUCUCAAUCUUUCUACGUUUUCUGUUUGUGUUUUUUACAUGGAGUCCAGACUUAUUUUUUUCUGCUUGUUUUUUUUUUUUAAUUGCUCGCUCUCUUCUUGCUGUUUAAUAAAAUAUAUAUGCAAGAAGGGAGAGGGUGUUCUAAAUACAAUUAAGACCAAAAGUAAUAGUUCACCAUGUCUGUGUGUUGUUGUGAUAUUAAUAAUGUGUAGAAAUGUGGUGUUUAUAAUACACCCCUGACUGCUCUGUGAACAAACGAGUUGCUUGGCAGAAUUGCUUCUGUUCUCUGGUUUAGCUGAACAAGUAAUAAUAAAAGUUUUUGAGUUAC